AAUUUGUACAAUUUCAAACGUAGUGCUCUACACUCAAGGGGGUUAUCAUCCGUACUGUCGACUAUUAAGGUGAAUUGGGCAGUACUUUUAUGUGAGUCAUGGAAUCCAUCAGUGACGAAGCAAUGUUGAAUAUUAUGGAAAACUCUACUGAUAAGUACUUUUGCACACUCUGUUCUCCUGUCUACUUUAUUUGCUCAAAUGAAUCACAUGGCCUGGAAAUACACAUCAGAUCUACUCAUCCCGAAACAAAAAAUCUUCGUUGUAUUUAUUGCUCCGAGCUGGUUUCAUCAGUAUCGAUUUCAAAGCACAUUGACAUGCAUUUUGGCAUAAUGGAUACACAAAACCUUCCUUUUACCUGUCCCUGUUGUCCUAGAUCGUUCGGUACUAUGAAAGCACUAGCUCAACACGCUAUAUGUCUCCAUGAUAUUGAUAAAAGCAACGUGUUUUUUAAAUGUGGUCAUUGUGAUAAAUCAAUGAACUCGCCUACGGAGUUAAAAUCACAUCUUCGGAAAUAUUCGCUCGUUUUGUUUCAUUGUUGCUUCCCUAACUGUCGUGUCAAAUCUAAAAAUGUGGAAAUAAUAAAGAAACACGCACUUAAGUUUCAUGGAACUAACAGCCCUCUUGUAACUACGACUUAUUCGUUUAUGUGUUCUUGGCCUUCCUCUGUACGACCAAUACGCAUUCAAGCCCAUGCACCCGACAUUUCAAAAUUAAGCCGCCGAGUUCCAUCAGCAUUUUUCUGUGCACAUUGCUCAUUUGGUACCUCUCACCUAGAAAACUUUGCUCAACAUUUGGCAAUGUGUCGAGCUAUAUCUUCACAUUUGCUCAUAACUUCUCUGUCUGUCACCUGUGUUCUCCAUCGUUGUUCAGAAUGCGGCUGGAUGACCAAUGUUCGUAAUAUGCUAACAGAACACUUACAUGAUAUACAUCCCUUGCUUAGUGAGUUAUUUCCAUCUUUACCAGUUAUAAACUUUGAGCUCUCUUUCAUAAUUAACAUUCACUGUCCAAAAACAAAUUUCCUGAUCCGUUUGGAACUUUAAUUACAAAUACAAAUGAUGAGGAUAGCAAGUCAGAGAUGAUAUACUCAUUCCGUUUGAGAUUCUCGAUUAAUAAGAUUUGGGUGUUAUUUCCCCUAUAUGUCAAAGUACACAGUACUUGUAAACCAAAUUGACGCUUCUGCAAUCGCUAACGAAUGCCGAUAGCGUAAGCUGAAUAAUUAACUAGGUUCUCUGGAAGCUUUAAUUCUUUAAUCUUUAUUUUCGACUACUUCAUUAGUUUCCAAUUAGGAUGUUCUAAACAUGAGAAAUUCAGGUAGGCGUGUUUUACCGGUUUAACAAAUAUGAGUGCAUACACUCCUUUUUGAAUUAUAUUGUUUAUUAAACAUUCGGUGUCUAAACCAAAACAAAUUGACUGGGGUCUCAACCCACUGGUUAAACUAGUGCUUUGUUCACCAAGCAAUUUCUUCAGUCUGACGGAUUGUACUCGUUUUCACAAAAGUUGUGUGGUUGAGACCCGUGGUUUACUUGGCCGAUAAAUUACGCCAUUACAAUUGUGUAUUACAAUUCACAGAAUAUGCACUUCUAAAGGUCUCGUCCUGUUAUUUCGUUUUAAGGCCUGCAAGCUUACUGAAUAUAUUCAUAAAAUCUCUAUAUGCUUUAUAUGUGCUUCAUAGUCUUUCUGUAAACCACACCAUCUAACUUGAUCUUCCUAGUACCUCACUUGUCAAUAUGGAGUACUCAGAUUAUCAAGUUCUAUUUAAUCAAGGUACUGUUAAGUUUCAGAUGCUUAUGAACGCUUUCUCAAACAAUAUAUGCAUGUUUGUAAUGGGUUUCCCUCUCUUAAGUGCGUCAGAACAAUCUGCAUCUAUGCUUUAAUUAAUGAUCGGGAGUGAAGUAGUUAAGUGCAUCAACUGAUCCACUUAUUUUGGUUAUCUCAUUAGCCUUAGUGGUUUGGUGUCUGACGAAAUCUUGACACCGUUUGAGAAAGGUCUCUCAGAUUCUAGCAGCAUAUUUCACUUGUGUUGACUAACCAAGGGACAAGUGCAAUAAACAGCAGUCCACUUCAUAAAGUAAUAUAUACUUCGAAUAUAUUCUUAGUUUCAGCUCCUAGUUGAUACUCUCCACAUUUGUACAACUUACAAACGACAUAUUAUUUUCCAUUACUUUUUAUUGACAUUUAUUUGCAGGAUGACGGAGUGAUCACUGAAGACUUUACAGUUCCUAUAUCUGAUGAAUCUAUUACUGAAAACUAUAAUUUUAUUAGCAAAAAUAUGGAGACCCUACGCAAUUCUCCACUUCAACAACUGCCAAAUUUUUUCUCUGGAAAUUCAACUUUGCUCCAUAAUAACGAUGGGACCACUUUGCACAACGAUCUCCCGUUACUUUGUUCAACCGCCUCCAACCUUUCAGCUGAAGUUACGAAACAUUUGUCAGGUAUUCAUGCCCCAUCAUCGAUCGAUAGUUGUGAAGCUGAUGAAGUUGGAGAUAAUGAAGAGCAUGUCGGUGUUGAAGGUGAUAAUGAUGAGCUAAAAAAGCCAGGCACAGACAUGAAUCUCAACAAUAGGCAUGUCACCUCUAACCUACCUCCUGAUAUAGUAGAUUCUAAGCAGGAAAGUGUCACUGAGACAGCUGCAGAAGAAUAUGUACAACUAUAUUUUAAUGAGCAAGCAUUUGUCACUGCGUAUAUGAAAAAUGAAAAAUUUAAUCCUAAUAAUGAUACUACAAGUGAUGAGCUAAACGGUGUCCUGGAAAAGUUGCGUCGUUUCGCCAGUUAUCGUGUUCCUAUUCUUGGUCGCGCGAAUCAGCGUCGUGUUGCUGGUUGUCCGGAAUGCUUGAAACCAUUCAAUCAUGGAUUUACAGACCUCAAGAAACAUCUUCUAGUGACUCAUCUUGGUGUUCGCCGUGAUAUAUCUCGUUUUACGAUUGAUUUCACUCAUUCCGGUAGAAGUCAUCAUAGUACAUUACCUAGUCAGACUAAUAACUCACUUAUUUAUUCUGACAAUUCACCGCAGUCAAAACACUCUUUCGGAAUUCGAAAUGGACGUCUUUCUGGUAAAGCGUUCCGUCGGAAACCUUUUCCAAUUGCACCACUCCCCAGUCCUCUUUGUAAACGUCCGACGCCUGGUAAGUACGAAGACUCUCGGAAGUCUCCAACAGAACCAUUGGCAACUGUUUCUUCUGAUGGUCUUCCAACCCUAGUGACUUCUGGUUCCUCCUAUUCAGGUGGUGCUCCAGUUCAUCGAGUUAUCCCAGGGACUGGUGUUUCUAAUCAUUAUGAAGACAUGAGGUCAUUGGAAGAAGUUUCUGCUCAAGCUCCCAUCGGUAGAGGUGGUAUUGUUCCUCUGGAUGAAAUGGGUAAUCCAAUCGUUGCUGCUGUUGUCGCUGCAGGUCAACCCCAAACGUCCACCUAUUCAGGUGGCACAGAAAUCUUUCUUCCUAAAGUUGGACGUCAGCGCGUCCAGUUGGCAUAUUCAUUCCCAGUAUUUAAUCGCUUACUGGAAGCUUAUCAAGUCCCGAUGCCAGAACGAAUUCAACUUGUCAAUCGUAUGAACCACUAUGCUCGAAUGCAUGUCAUAAUGGAUGUCCUGGUUCCUGGUGGAGCACAAAAACGUUUUUCUUGUCCGACUUGCAUGUACACUUCAGUACACUCAUUGGCCGAUAUUCGCAAACACAUUAUGGGGUCUCACUGCGGCAUUUCUACUAAACGUUUCAGACUCUGUCUUCGGGCUUCUAGACAUGAUACUACAACAUAUCGCUUGCAUUCAGAUGACAGGAUGAUUCGAUUUGUUGAAGAUCAUAGACGAAGGCAAAUACAACUAACGGAUGCAAGAUCAAACAUCAAAGUCACUUCGAAUGAUAGUGAUGCCGAAGAAACAAAGGAGGAUUCAAAUGAAACUUAUUCCCAAAUAAUGAAUGAUGAAAAUAAUCAAUUCCCAAAUGAUUUUACCAAGUCCCAGGUUUCAUUCAAUGAUCAAGAAGAACUAGAAACACAAACUAUCGAGACAGAUCUGUACGACGAUAGUCAUCAGGAAGGGGUUCACGGCGCUGAUGAAGAGAGUGAUAACCGUUUUCUCACUGCUAACGUAAAUCUAAACUCCGAGGACUAUUUCGUCACUCCAACUAAAACUCAUGAUAACUCCACUGUAGUUUCUAGUGAUACUCCUAAUACGUAUUCAGAUGAAAAUGCUAAGCAAAACGAGGAGAUCCACCGUCGUAUUGAACUACCUUUCUCUGAUAAUGUACUGCGCGUCUUGCUGGAGCGAGAGGGUAUGUUCGAUCAAUACGAUGAUUUGGUAGUCAAGAUGCAAGUCUACUCUAAGCAUCAUCUUACUGUUGUUUCACGAGGAAAUCGAAUUUACUCGUACAUCUGCAUAUGUGGACGUCGUUUUGCGGUUGUUCGUGAUGAAGUUGAGAGCGAUAUUAGGCCAGCCAGUCUAGCCGAUUGCAGACGUCAUAUCCUGGGAGUGCACGCCAGGAUUCCUCAAGAACUACUAACAUUAUGCUGCCAGGCAUCCCGCAUUUCUAAAGAGUCUGGAUAUAAGCUCUAUGCAGAUACUUCUCUUUUGGCAUUAGCUGAACAACACAAAUUUCGAAGCACAAGGAUUCAAAGUUAUAGUCGUAAAUCAGAAGGUGGAAUAUCUCCAAUUAAACGUCCUUUAGAACCUAUCAUACCCAAUGAUAUAGAAGGAAUUUCAGAGUUAUCUGUACCUACCAGUUCCGUUAAUUCAGUUAAUCAACGAUCAAACACAUCUUACUCAAGUAUGGGUUUCAACCACUCUGCACCUAGUCAAGUAGCUCUACAUCAUUCGUCUUCGUAUUCCUCGAACCAUCCUUUAACACCCAUGUUGCGUGCUCCAACUGUUAAGUAUGAACUAAGUGAACCAGAUGAGUCACCACCCCCAGAGUAUAACAAACCCAAUGGUAAAACAUCAUCUAAUAUGAACUCUACCAAGUCCCCAGAACCAAACCCUUACUCAUUCGAAGAACGACAUAACGGCCUGGAUCUGGAGGCUCCUCGUCGCAUACUUACUCCCGAAGAGUCGGUUACAUGGAGCCAAAAACUAGGUUUACCUGCUUCAUGGGCUUUGGAAAGAAUUGUUCGACUCUUGUAUAGUCCUGCUGUUUUCGAUCAUCAAGUUAGAUCUGUUCUACCUGAUGGUGAUAGCUUUAUUAGUAGCUUGCAUGAACGCAUGAAAGUUUAUGCUAGACAUUCUGUUUACAUCACUCGUAUGAGGGAAACUCCCAAUCUUACUCAACGCAUUUAUGUUUGCUGUGCAUGUCUAACUACAUCACACCAUGGUUUCGGAGAUGUAAGGAAACACAUAUUAGGCGUUCAUGCUCACGUUCCGGAACGCUUUAAAUCUGCAGCCAUGUGUUCUAGCAGGCUGAAUAGAGAUGAUUAUUUUCUGUAUACUGAUAGCCAACUCCUGAUGUUAGCUAAUUCUCCCGGGCGUAACGCGAAUAUAUCAGCUUUAGGAGCUGCAUCUAGCAAAACCCAAUCACAUUUAAAUCAUAAUUCAGCACCUCAUAAACAUCGCCAAAACGAUUCGGAUAAUUCAUCUCCUCAAAACACUCCGAAUAGAAAAAGACGGUUUUCUGGGACUGAAAGUGACUCCAUUGAUCUUGGUAUUAAAACAGAAUCCUCUAGUCAACUUGUACCUGAUGAAAUUCCACAUACUGCUCAUUUAAACGGACAUUCUGCAUUUCCUCCUGAUAUAUCUACGAAAUCCUAUGAAGAACACGAUAAACACCGUCCUCCUAUUAUCCUUACUAUACCGCGUCCUAAAGCUUUUCAUCCAUCUGAUCAACCAGAUGAUUUACCUGUUCGAUUAUCCUCUAUAAACUCAGCGAAACCUAUUGAUGAGUAUAUAAAUCCAGACAAUGCUUACUCAUCAUCUGGUUCACGUAGUAGACGUUCAAUGAUUCUUAAAUCAAAACGUCCUUGCCCAACAUCUACGUAAACAACUUUUCUUACAUGUCCUAUGUUAAUAAAUACAUAUAUACGGAAAUUAAACUGAGUUAUGUUUAGCAUGUUAUUUAUACUACAUAAAUUUCUUACUCAUCUUGUACAUAAAAACAUAUAUAGUUAUUAUUAAACAGGAACUGUAUCAAAAAAAUGAAUACCUCGAAUCGUAAAAAAAUUUACUUGCAAAUGCAUUAUUAGUUAUCAAAACUUCUUUGUAUGAUAAAUGUUUCAUAGCUUUUUUCUUAAUUUCACUUUUUACUUAGUGACAUUGUUUUGUAAUGUGUUUAAAGCAACAGUAUAAACUAUCAAUAUAUAUCCUUUUGUAUUCAGUAUAUACAUAACGAUAGUAAUGAUGCUUUCCCUAAUAAACAAUUUAUAGAUAAUUAAUCAAAUUAGUGAUGUAUUGAUGUUAAUGUGGAUUUCUAUCAAGUUAUCGUCAGUAAUUUCUGUUGUUUUUUUUAAAAAAUAGUUUCAUGUGUUCGUUUUAUGUUCCAUCAUUUCACUUUAAUCUACACUUCUAGCUCACAAACUUCUGUUUUCUUCCAAGCACGCCUUCUUUUUGUUCUACUGAUACCUUAUUAUGCAUAUAAGACAUUCCACUCCACAAUUUUUGUUAAUAUGUAUUUAUGUUCAUGUAUUAAUCCUCCUCUAAAAUGAAAACUGAUAAUUUUGUGAUCCUCUUGGCGAUUUGAUUAAUUAGAUUUUGUUUUCCUUGUGAAAUCUGAAUUCAUACUUCUGAUUGGUCGUUUGGAUAAAAUGUAAAUCAUCUAGGAAACCUUAUUCGCAGACGGGGAUGUAAAUUUCAAUUUGGUCUAACAGCCCAAAUUAUUAAGCUGAAAUAAGAAUUUUAUUUAAUUGUUACCUUCUCAAUAUUAUGAACUGUCACAACAAUUCCCUUAUUUUAGCAUUACUUUUAAUACCCAGACCAUGACAACGCAAUUGUCGUCUUGAUCUUAGAUGAAUAAAACCGCAGAAAAGAUAGCUAAACGUUAUACACAAUGGAAUAGUUAUUAUUUCUGAACUGAAACAAAAUUUUAUGUCAGUCAGUCAUAACCAACGUAAAACCUGGAUCUUAUGCAUUGUUUCAAGUUACUUCAGCAGAGUGAUAUGAAAUUGCUCAGACAAAUCCCAGAGUGGUAAAAAUAGUAGUAGAAAUUAUUAGACGUAGACAAUUGGAUUCGUGAAAUAGGGAAGUAUGUGGUGUUCUAAAACCCAACAUUUAAGGGAUGUGUGUGUAGCAUCGCGGUCAAUUCUAACCCAUAUCAUCCAAUGUCUUCAACCAUUAGUUACGAUAUUCGCGCGCAUCACGAGCAGUUAGACUGGGUCCACCAACACGUUCCAAUCCCACAGUUAAUUCAUGAACUAAUACCAAGUCUUUAUUUGAUGGUUUCUAGCUUCCCUCCAUUUUUCACCAAUAGACCGCUCGCUGAGGUAGAUGGUGGGUGGGCAUAUGUAAUAAAUGCGCCACCUACCUCAGUGGAUGGAGAUCGAACAUCUCGCCAACCAAUUUUCCAUCUUUAAGCAGUACUUUGCAUCUGUCUUCAGUAUUGCUCACUUGAUGGUCUCGAUUAUUAGUUUAGGCUGUGACUCAGAACAAUCCUGAAACAAAUUACAAAUGUAGAAACACACCCUUGCAUUGUUGCUAGAGGUAAUCAGAAGACUCUUGUUAGCACCACUGAACAGUACUAUUUCGCAUGGGUCUUCUAAGUCAAUAAGUGAAUCUCGCAGUUGUCACUCAGCCCCCGGAACGUCAAGCGAUAAAAGCACAAUCUCUAAGAAUAUCUACGAUAAAAUCAUUUGGUUGCAUGCAUUUCAAUCUGUCCUACAGUUUAUCUUUUAUAGUAGAAGCGAGUUGUGUCGUUGACGUCAUUGAGUUGUCUUACGGUCUCGUUCAAUAACCAAGUAGACUUGUAUUCACCAGAUGCCUUGAACAUAAACAAACAUUUGCUUCAUGAUACGAGACAUUCCUAGAGUGAGUUCCUAUGAAUCUUUUAGUACGAAAAAUGAAUAUCACUGAGAGAGCUAAGUCGACUCUUAAACAAAAGUUCUCAGGUCGUUAUUCAAACUUGCUAAUUAUUGACAAACACAGCCUCGGCAUACAAGAUAGAUAUUUGUUCAUAUCUAAUUGGAUUCUAACGAUUUUUAAAUCCUUAUUCUAGCAUCAAAAUUUAUCGAGGUAAGUAGAUAAUGACUGGGAUCAAAGCGCUAGUCUAUGAACCAUCAGACCAGUGCUUUGUCAGUUGACUGGUGUGUGUUUAGGUUAGGUACAUUUUUUUAAACGACAAUCAACUGAUUAACGAUUAAUUGAACUGCUCGAUAUUCUAUUUAUCACACUAGCACGUCGACAAUGGUUGUGAUUGAAAUUUUCUGAUAGAAAAGCAAACAUACUAAAUGGAUAUACUAGUUAGGAUCAAAGUCAAUUUUUCUGGUCUGUCUCGUAGGAGUCUUGACUUGUAGUUUCAAUACAUAUUGUACCGAUUUAGUUACAUCCACUUUCUUUCACUAUCUAACAACAUAUUUACUUAAACGCUAUAUCCAAUGUCUUUUUGUAAUACCUUUUACUUUUUUUGUAAAUUACUUUUCUUCUACCUAUUGCUUAUUUUCGAUUCUGUUCGACAUUAAUAAAACCAUUAUAAUUUGAUUUUUU